UUGUGAGUGAGUGCAAGCUAACCCCUCUUUUUUUGGAUUGACAAUUAAAAAAAGUAUCAGGAAUUUUAGUUCAACCAAACGCACAAUGUUAACUUGAAGAUAACUAAUCAACUUUAUUUAUCUUAACAUCGAACAUUCCCAUUUAUUCAGAGAAGGAAACAUGAUACUUGUAACCAAGUUGUGUAUUGCCUUUUUUUUUGCUGCUUUGAGUUUUACCAUGUCAUGUAAUGGCCACGGCAGACUGAUCGAACCACCAAGUAGAGCGUCAGCUUGGCGGUUUGGAUUUCAAACACCACCAGACUAUAAUGACCAUGAACUAUACUGUGGAGGGCUUAACCGUCAGUGGAAAAGAAACGGCGGUAGAUGUGGAGAAUGCGGCGACGCGUGGGAUGUUCCGGAACCACGACCCCACGAAUAUGGUGGCCACUGGGGAAAAGGCUUAAUUGUACGGAGCUAUUUGCCUGGAUCUAAAAUUACGAUUCGUGUAGAACUAACAGCUAGCCAUAUGGGAUAUUUUGAGUUUCGGAUAUGUCCAAAUCCAAAUGCUAAGCAGUCAUGCUUAGAUAAAAAUGUAUUGCUAAUUCUUAAUGGAUCUCCUUCUAAACCAAAUAAAUCAGACCUGGAUAUCCGAUUUUAUCCUCGAAACGGAAGUUGCAUGUAUGACAUUUUGGCACAGUUACCAGAUUUUACAUGUGAACACUGUGUUCUGCAAUGGCGAUACGUUGCAGGCAAUAAUUGGGGUAUGUGUAGCGAUGGUAAUGGAGCUGUUGGAUGUGGCCCACAAGAAGAAUUUCGUUCGUGCUCGGAUAUUGCCUUAACUACAGAAUAUUUUCCUUCAUAUCCUAGUCACUUAAACCCAGCAGCUACGCAAUUUAAUGGGAUGUCUACGACCAAGAAACAACACUUUGGUAAUAUACAAAGUGACAAACUAAUGUAUAUUUUCAUUAUCUCACUAUUUUUAGUAAUUAUAUUAGUUUGCGUUGUUUUUUGGUUUGAGUUUCACAAUAUCAAAAAAUGUUGUAUUCCAAAAUUUAGUAAUAACCUAAAAAAAUAUAUAUGUUGGAAUUCAAUCCAACAAAAUAAUUUCAUGUGAUGUAUUUAAAAACAAUAAUAAA